AUGCUGGGAGCCGUCUGUCUCAUCGUGCUGCUGGGCUACGCCUACGGAUGCGGCCAGCCGGCCGUGCCGCCACAGCUGGGCGCCCGUGUGGUGGGCGGUGAAGACGCCGUAGCCCACAGCUGGCCAUGGCAGAUCUCGCUGCAGUACAGCCGCUCUGGGUCUUGGUACCACACUUGUGGCGGGACCCUGAUUGCCCCUCAGUGGGUGCUGACGGCUGCCCACUGCAUCAGCUCUUCCAUGACCUACCGUGUGGUGCUGGGCAAGCAGGACCUGAGUGAGGAUGACGAGCCCGGUUCUGUGGCCGUGGGUGUGGAGAAGAUGAUCGUCCAUGAGAAAUGGAACUCCUUCCUCAUCAUCAACGACAUUGCCCUGAUCAAGCUGGCAGAGGAGGUGCAGGAGAGUGACACCAUCCGUGCCGCCUGCCUGCCGGACGCUGGCAAGAUCCUGCCCAACAACUACCCCUGCUACGUCACCGGCUGGGGACGCAUCAGGAGUAAGCCAGGGUCCCCAGGAGGGUGCCCAGGGGGUCCCCAGGAAGGGGGUGUGUGUGCAGGGUGUGAGGUGUGACUGUCCUUG